AUGGCCAAUCCUCAUUUCUUCUCCACUUUCAUCAAAUCUUCUUCCCUUUUAUUGGUUCUUGUUUCAUGUUUUUUAGAUCAAAGCCAUGCUCUUGACCUAAAAAAUACUAAGAUUCAAGACUCAUUCCACACAAUUCAAAUCAGUUCCCUUUUUCCAGCCUCUGUCUGCACUCCUUCCAAAGAUGCUAUCAAGAAGAGGCCAUCCACGUUGGAAGUAUUCCAUCGGCACGGCCCGUGUUCUAAGCUCAGACAAGACGAAGUCAGCGCUAGGCCAUCGCUAAAGGACAUCCUCUUUCACGACCAGUCCCGUGUCGAGUCAAUCCAUGCUCGUCUCAAUCCAACCCCAACCGCGGACAAAGUUGGGGACAAAAAGGUCAACCUCCCCACAAAGUCGGCAAUCUCUCUAGGCAAUGGAAACUAUCUUGUUUCCGUGGGCCUAGGCACCCCCAAGAAAACUCUCUCCCUCGUCUUCGACACUGGGAGCGACCUAACAUGGACCCAAUGCCAGCCGUGCGCUGGAUCCUGCUACAAACAACAGGACCCAAUAUUCGACCCUAAAACCUCAACAUCCUACUCCAACAUAUCGUGCACGUCCACAACAUGCUCCCAACUCUCCUCCGCCACGGGCCACAACCCCGGCUGUAGCGUAGGGACGUGCGUCUACGGCCUUCAGUACGGCGACAACUCAAUCUCGGUAGGGUUGUUCAGCAACGACACCCUCACCAUCGCCAACGACGUAUUCCCAAACUUCAAAUUCGGCUGCGGCCAAAGAAGCCAAGGGCUCUUCGGCCAAACCGCCGGGAUAAUCGGCCUCGGCCGGGACCCACUAUCACUCAUAUCACAAACCGCGACAAAAUACGGAAAUUACUUCUCCUAUUGCCUCCCGUCGAAGCUGAGCUCCACGGGCCACCUCACACUCGGGAAAGUCGGCGGUGGGCCCGCAACGAGCGCACAAUUCACGCCGUUCGACUCCUCCCAAUCGGACUCCUCGUUCUACUACAUCACCAUCGCCUCCAUCGCCGUCGGCGGGAAGCAGGUCCCAAUAGGGCAAGGUGUUUUCAAGAAGGCCGGCGGCACCAUCAUAGACUCCGGCACGGUGAUCACGCGGCUGCCGGCGGCGGCUUACGGCGCGCUGAGCGGGGCGUUCAAGGAGGGGAUGAAGAAGUACCCGGCGGCGGCGGCGCGCUCCAUCUUCGACACAUGCUUCGAUUUCUCCAAUUACAUGAACGCGAACAUCUCCAUCCCCACCGUGUCGUUCGAAUUCGGCGGCGGAGUGAAGAUCAACCUCAGCCUGGCAGGGAUACUGAUCCCGGUAAGCUCCACGGAGGCGUGCCUUGCUUUCGCCGGAAACGGCGACGACACUGACAUCGGAAUCUUUGGAAAUACGCAGCAGCUGACGUUCGAGGUGGUGUAUGAUGUUGCCGGAGGGAAGCUUGGAUUCGGAGCUGCUGGAUGUUGAUUCAGAUGUCUGUCUUUUUUACUUAAGAAUCAAAGCAUAAUAUGCUAAUGCUGCAAUAGUUUUAUGCACUUGAGAUCUAUCGUUGAUAUGAUUUCAGCAAAUUUCAAUUAUGAAUGGAAAUUCACGAAUUCUGUUUAA